AUGUCAAACGAAGCUCUGCCUGACCCAGAAACCAGGCCCAAAACGUCGCUGCAGGUGUCCGAGACAGACGACGCGGACCUCGAGUUUAUGGUUCCAGAGCCGCCGUUCGAGAAUAUCUCCAGGCUGCGGCUCCUGACAUUUAUCGCUCUCAUGGCUACGUCCCAGAUCAUUGCCCAGGCGCUCUUGGCACAGUCGCUCGUUCCAGCCCCCUAUACCGCGAAAUCGUUUGGCGUGGAAGACGACCAGGGCCAAAUCUCGUGGAUGACGGCCGCGUACUCGCUCUCGGUGGGCACAUUUAUCCUAAUCUCCGGCAGGGUGGGCGACCUGCUUGGCUACAAAAAAGUGUACAUUGCCAGCUACCUGAGUCUGGCUCUGUGGUCGCUGCUGGCGGGCCUGAGCAAAUAUAGCGGCUCAAUUGAGUUUUUCGACAUCUGUCGCGCGCUCCAGGGCCUCUCGGUGUCGGCCGCUGUGCCCAACGCGCUCGGCCUCAUGGGCCACUAUCUUCCAGCUGGAAAAUUACGCAAUCUAGCGUUUGGGUUUUUCGGAGCAGUCGCGCCUCUGGGCUUUGUUUUGGGCGCCCUCAUGAGCUCAGUGCUAGCGCAGUUCGCCACGUGGCCCUGGGCGUUCUACGUCACCGCCAUAGUGAGCGUGGGCAAGACAGCGGUGUCAAUUUUGGUGAUCCCAAAAAAUGUCGUUACCGUUCAUAAAAACCUCACCGCACACCAUUUCGACCUAUACGGGGCUGCCACGGGUAUCAGCGGCCUCGUGCUGAUCAAUUUCGCUUUCAACCAGGGCCCCGUCGUUGGCUGGAACGUGCCGUACGUCUACAUUCUCCUGAUAGUCGGGGUGGCAUUUAUGGCUGCCUUUGCCUGGAUCGAGCGCGUUGCUACACACCCGCUCGUGCCGAAACUCAACGCCCCCGUUGUCUUCACGCUCGCCUGCAUUGCCCUCGGCUGGUCCAGCUUCGGGAUCUGGAUCUACUACACGUUCCGAUUCGCUUACGACAUCCUUAGCCUCAGCCCCCUAAUUGCGUCUGUGCAAUUUAUUCCGUCAUGCAUUGCUGGAAUGCUGGCCGGAAUGCUCACCGCAAACCUCAUCCACCGGGUGCCCGCGUCGAUAUUGCUGAUGGUCGCAAUGGCGUGCUUCGUGGGCGGGCUUGUAAUCAUGGGCCUCAGACCAAGGGGCCAGAUCUACUGGGCACAGAAAUUCCCGGCCAUCGUAGUAGCCUGCUUUGGCAUGGAUAUCAGCUUUCCGUCGGGAAUUCUGAUUCUCUCCAACAAACUGCCAAGACGCCACCAGGGCCUCGCCGCAUCGCUCGUCACAACGGUUGUGAACUACUCGAUUUCAAUAGGUCUGGGCCUGGCUGGCACGGUCGAGUACUACAAAAUUAAAAACGGAGCAGACACAUACACGGGGAUCCGCAGCGCAUUCUACAUGGGCAUGGCACUUUCCGCCAGCGGACUGCUCUGCUCUGUCGUCUUUGUGUACUACCAGCUGGUCAGACACAGACACAGUGCGCACAAGAUUUGA